CCAUUUGCCAGGUCCCAGAGAGAGAGAGAUCUUUCCACUAGUGGAGUGAGAGAAAGAGAGAGAGAGAGAGAGAAAAUGGCUUCAACAUCGGAGUCUGCGUUUUCUCGAGAGGGAAAGGGAGAAGGAAAGGGAGAGGGAGAGGGAGAGAAGGUGGUGAAGAAGAAGAAAGAGGGUUUGGGAUGGAUGGAGUGGGUGAGAGGUUGGUUGUAUUUGGCAUACGAGAUGCUAUUUCAGAGAAUAAUGGCUAGCCAUUUGCAGAACCCAAUGCCUUUGCCUCCUCUCCACGAUCUUACCUGUAUCAUCACUGGAUCUACCAGUGGUAUUGGCCUUCAAAUCGCCAGGCAAUUAGCGGAAUCAGGGGCUCAUGUUGUAAUGGCAGUUAGGAACACUAAGGCUGCUCAUGAGUUGAUCAGGAAGUGGCAGGAGGAAUGGUCAGGAAUGGGCCUUCCUCUUAAUAUUGAGGUGAUGGAACUCGAUCUUCUCUCCUUAGAUUCUGUUGUGAAAUUUGCUGAAGCAUGGAAUGCACGUUCAGGGCUUUUGCAUGUCCUCAUCAAUAAUGCAGGGAUAUUUUCAAUUGGAGAACCACAAAAAUUCUCAAAGGACGGGUAUGAAGAACACAUGCAAGUGAAUCAUCUGGCUCCAGCACUCCUUUCAGUAUUGCUUUUGCCCUCUCUUAUAAGAGGUUCUCCAAGCCGAAUUAUUAAUGUGAAUUCCAUUAUGCAUUACGUUGGAUUUGUUGACACAGAGGAUAUGAAUGUUGUUUCUGGUAAAAGAAAAUAUACAAGUUUAGUGGGAUACUCAAGCAGCAAAUUGGCCCAGGUUAUGUUUAGUAGCAUCCUCCAUAAACGGCUGCCUGCUGAAGCUGGCAUAAGCGUAGUAUGUGUAUCUCCUGGAAUUGUCCAAACUAAUGUUGCAAGGGAUCUUCCCAAAAUUGUUCAAGCUGCUUAUCGCCUAAUACCCUAUUUUAUCUUUAGUGCUCAAGAAGGUUCUCGAAGUGCACUUUUUGCUGCCACUGAUCCACAGGUUCCCGAGUAUUGUGAGAUGCUAAAAGCAGAUGAGUGGCCCGUCUGUGCUUUCUUAUCUGAAGAUUGCCGUCCAACAAAUCCUUCUGAAGAAGCGCACAACCUAGAAACUUCUUAUAAAGUGUGGGAGAAGACAUUGGACAUGAUCGGCCUUCCUUUGGAUGCAGUGGAGACGCUUGUACAAGGGGAUGAAGUUAAAUGCCGCUAUGGGGCUCAUGAAGGGUAGCUUUUGUUUUCUUGAAUCGUCAAUUGUAUUGUAGCUUGUAUGAGCACAGUUCUGGAUAUGUGUAGCAAAAUUGUUUUUUGGUGUAGCUUUCGUGCUAUGGUGCCGUCACUGGUUUCUUCUUAAAGGGAAAUUUCACUGUAUUUUAGUUCUUAGCUAUUUUUGUCAACUAAUAAUUUGUGAUGCAAAUGGAUCACAAUCUGGAUCGAAUGGAUUUCCCUAUUUACAGGUUCAACUAACUAUUUGACAGCCCUUUGCGAGAAUUUGAAAGCAAAUGCAAAUGCAUAAUAUGCAGAUAUUGUAUAACUUAAGGUUCUAUGUGUAGCCAUUUUGUGGGGUUUAUUUAUUUUCA